AUCGGACGAUCACGAUGAAACCUCUCAAUCCGAGCUCACCCCAUUACAAAUUUGGUGGAGAAGCCCUAGCCUCUCUUUUUCUUGGCCGGAGGGAACUCAGAAGAACACUGCCUUUUCUCUCAAGAGUUGCUCAGCUGAACAAAACUAGAGCUAUUUCAAAUGGCUCCUCCAGCUAUAGCUACUGGCAAGAAGCCUGAUGCAAAGGCGCAGGCAUUGAAGGCUGCCAAGGCAGUGAAAUCGGGGGCAUCUUCUCUGAAAAAGAAGGAGAAGAAGAUCCGCACCUCAGUAACUUUCCACCGACCAAAGACACUCAAGAAAGAGCGGAGUCCAAAGUAUCCCCGCAUUAGUGCUCCUCCAAGGAACAAGCUGGACCACUAUCAGAUUCUCAAGUUUCCUCUCACCACUGAAUCUGCCAUGAAGAAAAUAGAGGACAAUAACACACUUGUCUUCAUUGUUGAUAUCCGGGCAGAUAAGAAGAAGAUCAAGGAUGCUGUGAAGAAGAUGUACGACAUCCAGACCAAGAAAGUCAAUACUUUGAUCAGACCCGAUGGUACCAAGAAGGCAUAUGUGAGGUUGACUCCAGAUUAUGAUGCUUUGGAUGUUGCCAACAAGAUUGGCAUCAUUUAAAUGGAGAUGAGUUUUGCUUUUUGUCUGAUCUCUUAUUUGCUUUCAGUUGGAAUUCUAUGUUAGUGCGAGAGAGAUAGUAUAUAUCUGCAUUUUUCAAUUGGUUAUAUUAUGUAGCUCUAGUUUCCAAAGAGAAAUUUUGUGUGGACAGAAGCAAAACUUCCUAGACUUAUUCUUUGGAGUCCUAAGUUCACGGAAUCCAUUUUUGUCA